AUGGAUCCACCAAAGAAGAAAUUAUCGAAAAAAGAAAAACAACGGUUGGAAGCUGAAAAGCAGGAAUUAGCAAGGCUCGAACAAGAAAAAGAAAAACAACGAAAACUAGAAGAGGAACGUGAGCGUAUGGAACGUGAACGUGAAGAAGCAGAAAGACGUAAAGAACAAGAAAUUAUAGAAAAUAAAAUGCGUCGCAAACAAUUAAAAUUUAGUAUGGAAUAUUUUGACGCCGUUACCUCGAUAAUAAACGCUAUAAAAAUUGAAUUAAAAGAAUCUGAUGAAUGGGAUGAUUAUAUGAGAUGUAAUGGUUUACCAAAUGCUCAUAUACCGGGUGAUUUGCGAAAAUACUUACAUCAAUGGAAAACUCAUGUUGAAAUUGAAAAAACUAGAGAAAGCAAUUGGUUAUUGAAAGCUGAUGAAAAAACUUUAUUAACUCAAGAUAUGGACCAACCGGAUUUAACAUGGAAAAAUUUAAAGAAACAACAAGGGAAUUUGGGUGAUAUUUUUGCAAAAAGAAUCAGAGAAGUUUUGGGAAUUUUAACCGAACUGGACCGAGCUUUGCUAUCAGAUUCUUUGACUCAACCAACUUUAAUUGAUUUAAAAGGUCUGAAAAUAGAAAUACGAUUGAUGUUGAGAAACUAUAUCGAUGAUUUUACAUUUAAAAUUUUAUCACAUGUUGAUAGAGACAUGGAAGUUCUUAAACCUGGUAUUUCAAAACAUGACUACGUCUCAGAGGUAUUCAAGUCACAAAUUCUUGCUAUGCGAGGUGAUGCUAAUGCCCCUAAAGAAGCUAAAUUUCGUGUAGAGCCAAAACCGUCAGAAGUUGAAUUUCCACUACUUGAAUUAGAAUUGUCAUUACCACCUGCUAUAAAACUUUUUAAUGCAGCAUUAAGAGGAUUAUGGUUAAAUUAUGACCAUUAUAGUGAUAUUUGUUCAAGUGCAAUCAUUCCAAAUAUUAAAAUAAAACCCAUGAAUUUAUUACAGCAAACGAAAAAAGAAUGGAAGAAACGUAAAGAAAUCAUACAAAAAACUUUAGAGGAGGCAUCGAAAAUUAUUGAACCAGAAAAAAAUGUUUUCGGUGAUGAAACAGAAACUAAAAAAUCUAGAGUUAUUGAUAUUGACAAGGCCUAUUCAGAAUACGAAGAUGAAAUUAAUAAAGCAAGACGGAAAGCAAUUGGGCCUGAUGGACUGAAAUUAACAGAAAAUGAAUUGAAUUUGAGACGUUACAGAAUUGUUGGUGGUAUUUAUUGUGUUGAUUAUCUAGUUCAGCCGCAGCAGGACAAAAAAAUUACACAAAGUACAUAUUUAAAGACAAUUGUGAAACCAGAAAAAUUAGGGCAUAAAAUAUUUCAUCAACCAUAUAAACCGCCGCCACCUCCACAGCCUGGUGUAAGAAGACUCCCUGAAGAAAUUGAGGCUGAAAUACGAAUGGUUGAGAGAAUGAUGGAUAAGUUGGCACAAAUUUCUUUGCAGCUUACCCCAGAUGUUUGUUGGUUUGAACCACCAGUUGUUUGUCGAUGGGAGAAUCAUGCAGAAUUUGAAGAAUCAGAAAAAGAAGAGCCAUUGCGAAAAUCAUAUUUCAAAAUUAAUUCUCAACCUUCACAAUCGCAAUCGAUAUCAUCUGACGUUGAAAAAAAUGAGAAAUCCAAUUCACAAAUGACUCCUGUUGGCGGUAGUUCACAACAAUCACCUCGAAAAUCUCACAGUUCAUUAUCACCACAAAGAAAAGUUUCAACUGUUAGUAAACGUGACAGUGAAUCAAGAAGGCAAUCAAGAAAACCAUCAUCUCUUUAUAAAUCAGUACGUUCAAGUGCUUCGGUGUCUGAUAAAUUUAGUUUACCAAUAACUGAAAUUGAAGAUUUUGACAUGUGCAAUAUUCCACACGAUCUUGAUAUUUAUGGUUUAAUACACGAUUUUGUAGUACCACGUUUACCGGAAGGGCAUACUAUACGUUUAGAAGUUGAAUCUCCACGAAAAUCUGUAAAUAAAUAUUUAUAUUUGACUAGAGAAUAUGAAAAAACACCCGAAAAACUUGAUGAAGAAUUCAAAAGAAAAUUAGAAAAAGAAUUACAGACACAUAAGCGUAUUGAAACAAACCUAUUAGAAACAGAUUCUCCAAGAUCUGUUCAUCCGAAAUUAAUAUUCAAAAAAAUUUUAAAAGUUAAUGCAUCGUCUAAAACAGCAAUAGUACUUGUUGGGAAAAGUGAAGUGCUUUAUGAAACUGAAGAACUAAUUGGAGAUCUAAAACCUUACAUGUUCUCACAAUUACUUGAAGAUUUAGAUGAAAUUUACGACGUUCAGACCUCAUAUGUAACUCAGAAGUUAGCUGAUAUUUCUUCCAAAAUUUCCUCAAGAAGAAGUUCUAUAGCACCAGAAGAAAUAAGUAGUCCGCAACGUAAAUUCUCUGGCAUAAUAAUAAUUCGAGAUAAUGAAGUACCAUCAGGAAAAAAAAUUAUUAAUAUUGAAAAGAAUGAAGACGGGGAAAGUUCUUCCGAAUAUGAUGAUGAAGAUGGGGAAGAUGAAGAAGAUGGUAUUACCCCGUCACAUGACGAUAUUUCUGACAGAGGAAAAUAUAAAGGUAAAAAAGUUGGUGAAGGAGGAAGAUGGAGCACUAGAGAUGUACAUGAUGUGCGUUUUAAUGAAGAUAAACUAAAUAUUCAAUUCAGAACUGGACGCUUAGGUUAUUUUGGAUUCGCAGCUAAUCGUUACAGUAAUAUGCCUUAUCAAACUUGGGAAAUCAAACCUGACAUUACCACAGAAAAUACGGUUCUAUUUAGUUUAACUGCAGCAGUAAUUAAUGUUGAUAUAACAGUUACGAAAGAUGGCUUUUGUAUGACAACAUUUCAAGGUGCACCAGCAACCAAUGCAAUUAAUGAAAUGAUUGGAAAAACGUUAUCUAUGAAAGAAAUGAAACACAUUCUAACUGAGUCAUCAGUUGAUUUAUUUCCGGAACCAGAUGCUUUUUGUUAUACAGAAGGAUCAUGUGAAAAGAAUUUCGUAAUGGAAAUGCAUUUGUAUAAUUGUAUGUCUACUCUAGCUCUAUCACAUAAUUUUUCAUGGUCAAGAUGGAAUUUAUUAAGUGGAAGUCGUGUUGCUGUUCUGUUAAUGAAAGAAUUUAUUAAUGGGAAAAAAGUUCCAAGUCAUUCAACAUUAUAUGUAACACCAUUAAAAACAUUAAUUGUAGAUUGUACUGAAGUAUCAGCUAGUUUUACAACAGCCGGAGUUGCUGGUAUGGAAUACUAUGCUGAUUUGUAUCAACUAACACAAGUACAUGCGCAUCCGAACAGCCUUGAAAAACAAGCUAAUAUUGAUCCAGUUUUAAGAGACAAUGUAGCACAAAUAUUAAUGCAAACGAGACCAUUAAGUUUUUGUUAA